UAGGUUAUGGUCAGUUAUGGUUAUGCAAAGUUCAAUGCAGUUGUGAUAUCCAAACGUUGAAAGAGCCACGUAAAUCCUGAUUGACAGCUAUGAAGUAAUAAUAACUUAUAAUAGUAUAAACAAGAAUUUAUGUGACAUUUGACUGCUUCCUGAUAUAAGACUUGAUAAUAUUACAACCAUGGAAGCAAACGAACGGAAAAACGAUUCUGUAACUUCCCUUCCCAAGGAUACUCCUAACGAUAACGUUGAUGCAAGUAACGAUGAGACGAUUUCCGAAUCAUCGACGUGUGAUGAGCAGAGCACUAGGAAGUCAGAAACGGAGGACGCGUCUGAGUCUUCUCAAAGUAGUACAGACACCUGCAAAGAAUCAGGGUUUAAGAAGCCGCUUCUACUGAUCGGUCCCAAGCGGGGUAAGACUGGAAAAAUUCGAACUAUGAAAAAUGAUACAGCACUCCCAUCGUUUGAAUUGUCCGUGAAUAAGGAAACUAUCGAGCCUGUUCAACUCCAGAAUGCCGAAGAUAAGAGCGAUAACCCAAUAAUAGAAGGUUCCAUAGAGGAGAAUAUCUCGUUUGACACAAGAAAUAUUCCUAUACCAUACUUGGAGCCAAAAUGGGGUGGGAAACCAACCGAGGAAUAUAAGUUGGAGAUUCUUAAGUCGGGAGUAAUUCUAGAAAAACUUGAUUUAACUGAAAAAAGUUUUUACGUGAUAGGAAGGUUGCCUUCCUGCAAUUUAUCUCUUGCUCAUCCGACUAUCUCAAGGUACCAUGCUAUUAUCCAAUACAGAGCAAUAGCAGAUGAGAAAAACUCUACAGGUUUUUAUUUAUAUGAUUUGGAGAGUACACAUGGCACAUUAUGGAACGGGCAUCGUAUAAAACCAAGGACCUACGUUCGGUUACAUGGUGGUCAUAUGAUAAGGUUUGGUUGUAGUCAGAGGAAAUACAUUCUACAAGCUCCACUGGAUGAUCAGGAAGAAGAAUCUGAACUGUCGGUUACACAACUUAAGGAAAAACGAUUAGAAGAAUUGCGGGAACGAGAAAUGAGGCAGCAAGAGGAAGAAGAAGCAGAGGAAAGAGCGAAACUGGAAGCAGAGAACGAGGGUAUUGAUUGGGGAAUGGGAGAAGACGCAGAUGAAGAAACAGAUUUGACAGAGAAUCCCUAUGCUUCUAUGGCAGAUGAAGAGCUAUAUUUAGAUGAUCCCAAGAAAACAUUGAGAGGCUGGUUCGAAAGAGAGGGAUAUGAUUUGCAAUAUCAAGUAGAAGAGAAAGGGAUAGGUCAAUUUUUAUGCUGGAUAAGUUUUCCUAAAGAAUGUUUCGGUGGUCGUUCCAUGAAAGCAGAAGCUCUUGUCAAAGGAAAGAAGAAGGAAUCUGUUAUUCAAUGCGCUUUGGAAGCCUGUAGAAUCUUAGACAGACAUGGAUUGUUGAGACAAGCUAAUCAUGAGAGUCGAAGAAAGAAAGCAAGGAAUUGGGAAGAGGAAGAUUUUUACGAUUCAGACGAAGAUAACUUUUUGGACAGAACGGGAACAGUAGAGAAGAAACGUGAACAGAGAAUGAAAUUGGCUGGAAAAAUUGAAGAUAAAGUUGAGACAUAUAGCUCAUUGACUGAGAAGCAUAGCGAGAUUGUGAACAAAAUUUCACGUUUGAACGAACGCUUAAAAGAAGCGCAAAGGAAAAAUGCUAAAGCGGGGGAGUCUAACGAGGAUUCGUUGGAUGCCUUUAUGUCUAGUUUAAACACGUCUACUUUGAGUAAAAGCGACAUAAGGAAAAUGAAAGUGGAGUUACAAAACUUACAUAAAGAAGAAAUACAACUUGUCAAAUUAAUAAACCUUACAAAACCAGCUAAUUUGCCGCCUCUCGUCAGUCAAGUGCAAGCAGAAGAUGGAAGUGACAGCAAAAAUCUCCAGCAAAAAUCAAAAUAUUCUAUGAAAAAGGUUUCUCAACUUGAAAAAAGACGAAAGCUUUUUGAGGCAAACAAUAAAAGCGAUUCUGCAAAUUCAUCUUUAUAUACUGUGGAUAAUGAAGAAGGAGAAGAAGAAGAUGAUGAUGAUGACGAGCAAGAAGAAAAUAAAACAGGUAAUGUAAAAAUAAAAGAAGAAGAAAAAGAAGAAGAAGACAAUGCAAGGGUACAUAAAUUUGAAUGCAAAAAAUCGACGUCUGAGGAUGAAACGAAAUCAAAUGACAGUAUAAAAACUGAUGAUAAACCGUGUAUUACGAGAAGUGUCAAUCAGGAAACGAGGAAACAAAACGUUGUAGAAAAGCGAAAAAAGGACAGUAAAUCAGAGAAACGGAAAAAUAUGAAAAAGCAAUACGAUCAAGACGUUCAUUCAGAAGAUUAUUCUACGUGGGUGCCGCCGCAAGACCAAUCUGGCGACGGAAGGACAAAUCUUAAUGAUAAAUAUGGAUAUUGAAUUAGCUCUAGCAUUACGUAAGAAAAAAUAAUGUAAAUAUUCUCGAUCAAGAAUUUAACGUUACGUAUUAUAAA